GCACUUCAGCUAGUACAGUGAUUACGUUAGCCAGCCAUCCAGCUAGUUUUGCGUGUUGUGUGGACUGACGUUGGUCCUCAUGUGUUCCCGCUCCAGCUCGCUUCUGGCGGGACAUUGUGCACACAGUAUAGGGCAUACACUAAAGAGUCUGGUAUAACGUAGUUGCAACUGUGGUUGCGCUUCUCUUAAGCUUGACUGUUGGCAGUUUGGUGUUGCCGAAAAAACAACGGGCGGAAAGCUGCAAUCCCCAGAGCACAGCCUAACCUAACUUCGCUGUGAAAUGGAAUCCUUUCAGAAAGUGGAGAAAAUUGGAGAGGGCACGUAUGGUGUGGUGUACAAGGCGAAAAACAAAAUAACUGGAGAGACUGUUGCCCUGAAGAAAAUCAGACUAGACACGGAAACGGAAGGAGUACCCAGCACAGCCAUCAGAGAGAUAUCCCUUCUAAAAGAGCUCAACCACACAAACAUUGUCAAGCUUCGAGAUGUCAUUCACACGGAAAAUAAGCUGUACCUGGUGUUUGAGUUCCUUAACCAAGACCUCAAAAAGUUCAUGGAUUCCACCUCAGUCUCAGGAAUCUCCUUUCCUCUCGUGAAGAGCUACCUGUUCCAGCUUCUUCAAGGUCUAGCAUUCUGCCACUCUCACCGCGUACUACACAGAGACCUGAAACCGCAGAACCUGCUAAUUAAUGCUCAGGGAGAGAUUAAACUGGCGGACUUUGGGUUGGCAAGGGCAUUUGGUGUACCAGUGCGAACAUACACGCACGAGGUUGUGACAUUGUGGUACAGAGCUCCCGAGAUCCUUCUUGGCUGCAAAUAUUACUCCACAGCAGUCGACAUCUGGAGCCUGGGCUGUAUUUUUGCAGAAAUGAUCACCAGGAGAGCGAUGUUCCCAGGAGACUCGGAGAUCGAUCAGCUGUUCCGCAUCUUCCGUACACUGGGCACCCCGGACGAGAAUGUGUGGCCGGGAGUGACGUCUAUGCCUGAUUACAAGCCCUCCUUCCCCAAGUGGGCCAGACAGGACCUCUCCAAAGUCGUGCCGCCGUUGGACGAGGAUGGGAGAGACCUACUUGGGCAAAUGUUAAUCUACGAUCCAAACAAGAGAAUUUCUGCCAAAAAUGCGCUCCUCCAUCGAUUCUUCCGUGACGUUUCCAAACCAAUCCCACCAUUAAGAGUCUGAGGAGCAGGUGAAGGAUCAACAGUGACUGACCAAAAUGUACAGGUGCUCAGACAAACUGGGUGGACCUUGUUGUUUCUGCAUCACCUCAUGCACAGUGUGGAUCUUACAUUGUACUUGUAGGGUUGACCAGGAGCUGUGCCGGUGCCUUUUCAUGCCAAUUCAACGCAGGUGCCUUUAUAUUGUUAAAACGUUUCAUCUGUUUUUAAAUUGUGAGGCCAGCAGUACGUCUUCGACAUUCCACCCACUGCCAGGGAGGGAACGCUUUGUGGGUAUCUGUUUAUUUUUUUUACGGAGGGGGUACAUGGAUGUCAGUGAAAGUCACAUUCCAUGAUUUUGUGGCCCAAUGACUAUACACUAUUUGUGGUGUUUUAAAAUCACCUUGACUAGUGUUUCUCUGUAUACUACCCCAUGGUGCCAGUACCUGUGACAGAAGAAAAAUAGUAUUUAUUUUUUAAAAGGGGAGCUUUGAGAAAUUGGUUGUUUUGGGUAAGUUUCUCAUUCUAGUUCACAGUAUUUUUCUAAUUGUAGAUUUUAAUGGCAGGUUGACCUAUUUUACCCAUUUGGUAAUUCAUAAAAAUGUUGCGAAGUUUG